UGCACGCCCGAGAUCUGGGGUCGAGUCUCGGGGAGGGGAUGAGCCGGUGUCUCCACUCUUGUGUAGGUACUUGCCAACCGUCGUCGACACCACCUACCUGCAUACUGUACGGCCGAUUCACCCGCCCGCUCGUGACACCCACACUGAAUGCAUCUACGACGCUUCUCAUCAUGGACGCCGGAGGCAAUUCCGCUGCAGCCUGGCUUCAGCACUGCCGACUUGCCCUCCAUCACACCUCUUCAAUGCACAUCCCUUCCACGAUUGAAUCUCUCCGCCAAGCCGACAUGCAGCACCGGCACGAUCCCUUUUGAGCCGUCUCACGGACAUGCCCGGGAUGACGGGCCACCCUUGCUAGUGAUAAAUCUGUUGUCGAACUUGCCGAUGCUCAAGUUCGACGGCUCGAACUCCCGGCCCGAUGACGAUGACCUACGAAACAUCCUCUGACCUGACGCGAGGCAUACGAGAAUACAUGUCGUGACAAAUUCCAAAUAGAAGC